GUCCUAAGCUGGUGUCUGGGAUCCGGGAUGGACUGGACAUGGGCCAGCAGGCUUUGACUCCAGACAGGACAGGGCCUCCACAGGGACAGUGUGUGCCAGUACCAUGGAAAAGCUCUUCCUGCCUCUUCUGAUGCUUGGCACCAUGGCGAAAGCUCAGCACUGCCCUGGCCGUUGCGUCUGCCAGAACAUCUCCCCAACGUUGACCAUGCUGUGUGCCAAGACGGGCCUCCUCUUUGUGCCACUGACCAUCGACAGGCGGACGGUGGAGCUGCGCCUGACCGACAACUUCAUCACCAUCAUCCGCCGGAAGGACUUCUCCAACAUGACCAGCCUGGUUCACCUCACCCUCUCCCGCAACACCAUCAGCCAGAUCCUGCCCUUCGCCUUCUCUGACCUGCGUGCCUUACGGGCCUUACACAUGAACAGCAACCGCUUGGCCAUCUUGAAGAACGAGCACUUCCGAGGACUAGGGAACCUCCGGCACCUCAUCCUCGGGAACAACCAGAUUAGCCACAUCGAGCCUUCUGCUUUUGAUGAGUUCCUCUCCACCGUGGAAGACCUGGACCUCUCCUACAACAACCUGGAGACACUGCCAUGGGAAGCCAUUGGCCAAAUGGUGACCCUCAACACCCUCACACUAGACCACAACCUCAUUGACCAUAUUGCUGAGGGCACAUUCUCCCAGCUCCAGAAGCUGGUGAGGUUAGACAUGACCUCCAACCGGCUGCAGAAGCUGCCUCCAGACAACCUCUUCCUGAGGGCUCAAGUGCUGGCCAAUGUCCGUGGGGCUCACCCUUCCACCUUGACCAUCAGCUUUGGAGGCAACCCACUGCACUGCAAUUGUGAGCUUCUCUGGCUCCGGAGACUGACCCGAGAGGACGAUCUGGAGACCUGUGCCUCCCCAGAGCACUUGAUGGAUAAGUAUUUCUGGUUGAUCCCUGAGGAAGAGUUCAUCUGUGAACCUCCACUCAUCACCCGCCAAUACUCUACCAAGGCAUUCAUCAUGGAAGGCCAAGGCGUGAGCCUCAAGUGCAAAGCAGUGGGUGAUCCUGAACCUUCCAUCCAUUGGAUUGCGCCUGAUGGCAAGCUGAUCCACAACACCACUCGUGCAAUGGUGUAUGAUAACGGCACAUUGGAAGUCCACAUUACCACCUUGAAGGACAAUGGAGUCUUCACCUGCAUUGCCUCCAACGCUGCUGGAGAAGCCACUGCCCCCGUGGAAGUCUGCAUCGUACCUCUUCCUUUGCUGGUCAACAACACUGGCCACAUGAAAGAGCCUGACCCCGGUUCAUCUGACAUCACCACCUCCACCAAAUCUGGUGCCAAUGACACCAAGAACCACCUUGACAAGAAGAUCAUAGCAGCUGAUCUGACGUCCACUUCAGUAGUCAUCCAUUGGCCCUCUGAGCGGCACAUCCCCGGCAUCCGUAUGUACCAGAUCCAGUACAACAGCUCCCUGGACGACUCUCUGGUUUACAGGAUGAUCCCCUCGUCCAGCAAGACCUUCCUGGUAAAUGACUUAGCAGCAGGCCGGGACUAUGACCUGUGCGUGUUGGCUGUUUAUGAUGACGGGGUAACAUCCCUUACGGCCACCCGGGUGGUGGGUUGUGUGCAGUUCACCACGGAGGGGGAGACUACUCAGUGCCAUUCGCUCCACACCCAGUUCCUGGGGGGCACCAUGAUCAUCAUCAUCGGGGGCAUCAUCGUGGCCUCUGUCCUGGUCUUCAUCAUCAUCCUCAUGAUCCGGUACAAGGUCUACAGCGGCCAAGACGAGCACAAGAAAGCCAAAGUCAGCAACGUCUACUCGCAGACCAAUGGCAACCAACCUCCCACUGCCAUCAGCCUGCCCCGCUCAGCCUCCAAGCUUGGGGAGGACAAAUAUGAAAUUCUCCAAGAGGUGGCCUCCAAGGAACCCCUGCUCAGGGGGGAUACCAAGGAAGAUGUCCCCAACAACCAAGACAUGGCCUUGACUGAGGUGGAUAAGAGAGCGGCCAAGAUGGCCGCUGACCUCCAGACGGUGGCCGUCUUGUCUUCCGAGGAAGGCCAAACUGAAGGCAGCAUGAGGGGGUCGUCGGUUUCCUUGUGCCUCGUCAAGGACACCAGUGCAGGGCCACCGCUCCAUACCAAGUUGGGGGUCAGUGGGUCAGGGGUUUUCCCUCGUGAGCUGUCCAGGACUCACCACCACCGGCACUCCUUUGAUGGGGAUUACUCACUGUUCCAGAGUCAUAGCUACCCCCGUCGGGCACGGACAAAAAGACACAUGUCCACUUCCCAGUUGAACUCAGAAGAGUGCCCUUUGAGUCACAGACGGGUCAUUUUUAGCAGCACAGAAUGGAUGCUGGAAAGCACCGUCUGA